AUGGUGGUAUCCAACCCCAAAGAUGACAUACCAAAGACUAUUGAAAGUCAUAUUGCGCAAGAGCGUCAGGAACUUGCUCCGAUAAGCCAAGACGAUGCCAGCUACUUGCUCGUCGAAUUGAAUGACCACCAAACGUUGGUCGAAUUCUCCAAAACUUCUCCGGCUAAUCCAGCCAAUUGGACUUUUAAAAAAAAGAUCUACAACGCCGUCGUAGGGCUCAUUGUAGUACUCAACAGCGGGAUAUCGGCUUCCUUACCGAGCAAUGCAAUCCCGACGAUCAUGCAAGAUAUGGGACAAUCUGGCAACGGUCAAAAGGUCCUGCCCACUGCGAUCUUUCUUAUCGGCUAUUGCGUUGGACCUUUACUUUGGAGUCCGCUGAGUGAGACGAUCGGCCGUCGACCGAUUCUUGUCUGGACCUUUAGCGUCUUUGUCCUCGGCACCCUGGGCUGUGCCUUGGCCCCAAAUUGGACGACCUUGUUGAUCUUUCGUCUCAUCUGUGGAACGAUGGCGGCUGCACCUCAAACCGUGUCCGGUGGUGUUUAUGCCGACAUGUUUUCGAAUAUGAAAAGCCGGGGCCGUGCAAUGGCUUUGUAUAUGUCGUCAGAGCAUGGCACAGAGACAUUUGCACCUGUUUUGCUCAAGAAACAGGCGCGGAGACUGCGCAAAGAGUCCAAUUCCAAGCGGUAUUUGAGCCCGCAGGAAUUGCACUCGGAUGUGGGGUUCACUCUUGCUCAGACUCUCACUCGUCCGUUGACGAUGCUCUUCUUUGAACCCAUCAUUCUCUUUACGGCAAUCUAUGUUUCUUUGGCCUGGAGCAUGGUGUUUUUUUAUUUUCAAGCGUAUCCGAUCAUCUUUGAAGGAACCUACGGCUUUGAUGUGGCCAUGACCUCUCUCACAUACCUUCCUAUGGGCAUCGGCGCCGCAUCCUCCUGCCUCUUCACUCUCUACUACGACACCAUCUUUCAAAAGGCCCAAAAGGCGAGAAACCCCUGGGCUACCGGCUUCGAAACCCAACGGCUCCCUCUGUCCUGCAUCGCAGGCCCGCUCCUCGCGAUCAGCAUGUUCUGGCUGGCCUGGUCCGCUAACCAACACAUCCCCUGGAUCGUGCCCGUUCUGUCCGGCCUGAUCUUUGGUCUUGCCUAUCAGACCAUUUUCAUCUCACUGUUAACAUACGUCACGGACGCUUACAAGAUUUACUCGGCGAGUGCACUGGCAUCAUCGGUCAUCAUGCGCAGUGUGGCCGGGGCCAUCUUCCCACUCGCGGCGGAUCCCUUGUACUCGAAAUUGGGAGUGUCGUGGGCCACGUCGGUGCUGGGCUUUGCAAGUCUUGCGUGUAUCCCGAUUCCAUUUGCACUGCUGUAUUAUGGUCCAUCGAUUCGCAGAAAUAGUCCAUUUUGCCAGCGGUUGUUGGAAGAGGAUGAGAAGAAUGAUCGCAGUGGGGUGCAGACACCGGAAGAGCGCGAGGUGGAGCGACUUGAGGUAUAA